CAAUGGCAAACAGCUGCUGCUUGUGUAUGCUGGGGGAAGGUUGGGACAAGAAGCUGCUUCUGUCUGGACACUGACCCGCUGCGACAGCCCUGCACCAUGGCAGACCCUCCUGGCUGCUGCCGCCCAUGUGCCACCUGCCUGCUGUGCCUCUACAGCUGCCAGUGGAUCACUGCCAAGAAGGAGAAGAGGAGGGGUCUGAGAACCACCAAGUGUGACUGCAGCUGGUUUUUCUUCCUCUUCUGUGUCUUCCUCUUCACGUUGGUGUGGCUCUACAUUGCCAUCAUCAUCCUCAAUGAUUUCCACAACUUUAAUGAGUUCAUCUUCAAGCAGCAGAAGCUGUGGCUAGACUGGUCCCUGAUCCUGUUAAUAGCAACAGCUGUGCUCAUCACUUACUCAGCUGUGCUGUUGGUCCUUGCUUUGUGCUUGCAGCUCUGUGGCCAGCCCUUGAAGCUGCACUGGCUGCACAAGGUCCUGCUGAUCAUAACUGCCCUCGUGGUGGCUGCAGCCUUCACAGGGCUGGGAAUAAAGUGGGCAGAGGAGUGGAGAAGUGCACGCGUCUCCCUGCAGGCAACAGGUCCCUUCCUGCACAUUGGGAUUGUGGGAGGAAUGACGCUCCUUGCUUGGCCAUUGGCCAGCGUCAUCUACCGCACCCACAGCACAGGCCUCAAGGUGUUCCUACUGCUUGCAUACUCUGCAGUGAUGAUUGCCCUUUACCUGGCUCCCCUGGGGAUCACUUCACCCUGCAUCAUGGAGGAGAACCAGCUGCCCCCCAAGCCAGCCCUGGUUGGCCACAGAGGAGCCCCUAUGCUGGCCCCUGAAAACACCCUCAUGUCUCUCCGCAAGGCAGUGAACUGCGAUGUGCAAGUCUUUGAGACAGACGUCAUGGUGAGUGCUGAUGGGGUCCCAUUCCUCAUGCAUGAUGAGAAGCUCACUAGGACCACCAAUGUGCAGACUGUGUUCCCUGAGAGAGCCACCCUGAACAGCACUGCCUUCAACUGGACAGACCUCCAGCAGCUCAAUGCUGGCAGCUGGUUCCUGGAGAGGAGACCAUUUUCCAGUCUGCAAAGUCUUUCACAUGGCGAUCGCGUGCAGGCGACUCGGCAGAAGAUCCCAUCCCUGGAACAGGUAUUGGAUGCAGCCAAGGAGAGCAAUAUCUCCAUCAUGUUUGACCUCCGGCCAGAGAACCACAGCGAUUACCAGAGCUUUGUCAAUGUCACCCUGGAAGUCAUCCUACAGUCUGGCAUCCCACUGCAGCAGGUCCUGUGGCUGCCAGAUGGGUUCAGGGAGCAGGUCAAACAACAAGUCCCAGGCGUUCAGCAGAUUUAUGGCCGGAAGAGACUCCAGGAUGAGAAGGAGCCACUGCUGCAUGUCAACCUGCCCUACCAAGACAUGAGCUCUGAGGAGAUCAAGCAGUACCGCCAGGACAACAUCUCAGUCAACCUGUACGUGGUGAACCAGCCCUGGCUCUUCUCUGUGCUGUGGUGCUCAGGGGUGAGUUCUGUCACCACCAAUGCCUGCCAGGUGCUGAAGGAGAUGAAACGCCCCAUCUGGUUGCUGCCCAGCAGCACGUACCUCAUGAUCUGGAUUGUUGUAGACUGUGUCUCCUUCCUGAUGAUCCUCUGGGCCUUCCUCUUGAUGAAGAAAUGCUCCCAGCGAAGGCAGACGGCUGAGUCUGAGACAGACGUGCUGCUCACAAAGAUCAACAGCCUGAUGCAAGACUGACCCCUCCAGCCUGCAGCAGCCAUGGGGAGGGGCAGCUGGAGAGGUUCACAGCUCGGCAGGGAGUGCUACCGUGGCUGGAUCCAAGGCUCCUUUCCUUUGCAGCUUCCUGAGCUUGCAGCCUUCCUGGCUCCCAGCGUGGUGCAGAACUACUCUCAUCCGUGAAGACCUGGAACUGGGUCUCUUGCUCCUGCAGGCAGCAAGGGAACAGAGCUGGGGCAGGGGGCGGCUGCUGCUGCUGCCUUGUGUCCUGAGAGCUGAACUUUUCUCCAGGAUCAAGACCUCAGCCCUGGGGUGCUCGGUUGGAGGCUGGUGGGGAUCUGAGUCACUGUUUGGUGCGGGGGUAUGGCAGCCUGCUGUCAGCAGCAGCACUGGUGAUGGGGAAACCUUGUUUAAAGUGCUGCUGCCCAGGGGUGGGAGGUGAAUAGGAAGGGAGGUGCAGGGUUGGCAUAUGAUGGACGGGGAGCAGAGCCUUUGCUCCCAGUGCUGGGGAUGGCAGCUUCGCCCCCUCCUGCUGCUGGCUUUGUGCUUGCUGGCCGGGGUGCCAGCUCCCCCCGCAGCCAACCCUGGGGACGGGGAGCAGGGGCUGAGGGUGGAGGGAACCUGGGCCACGGUGCCCCUACGGUGCUGCACAGCGGCGGGGGAUGCACCAGGGUCGGGAGCACUGUUAGUCAGCAUCGGGCACUUUGAACUUGGAGAGGGGAGUCUGUUUCACUUGCUCCUGCCUAUUUAUGUCAAUAAAUCAGCUGAGAGAUAGACGGUCCUUUA